GUGAAAUUACCACGCAGGCGCAGUGUGAGAGGUAUUCAAAAAUACUUCCUGGUCAACAAAGGAACUCUGUUUACAUUUUAUUGAUGCUAAACUACUUGAAUUUGAUUUCGAGGCGUCGGCAUCUAUGCUUUUCUACACUUCCUAUUAACAAUCCUGAAAGCAUUUUCUCUAGUAAUGGCAAAUUCCGUUGCUUUUCACACUCAGCUAGCCUCCAUCAUGGAGGUUUUGGCUAAUGCGGCCGUGGCUGAAAUCUUCGAGCUUGUUGACAAUGGCUAUGCCGUCCUGCAUGUGGAGAUAUCUCGAGGCCAGAAGGAGAAUGAAACUUUGAGGAGAAAACUACGGCUGAUGGAGAUGAAAGUGUCUAGUGCGAGUACUCCGAGAGAGGGAAUGGGAAGCUCCAUCCUUCCGCACAGUCGCUCUCGAGCUCACCGUGGCAUGGAAUCGAAUAGGACAUUAAACAGCGAGGUACGAUGUCGGGGAGCAAUUGAUUCCAAGUUGGUAACCAGCAUGUUUAGGCACAGAGAGUCCUCAGGUGACACUGGACAAACGACAACACCGAGAAAGACUGCAGGGUUGGAAGAGAUAAACCCCAAAUCACCUACCAUCAAAGAGGAGAUGUGGGAAGAAUCCUGGGAGAAUCAUGACCAAUGGGGGAGACUGAGUAGUGGAGCUUUAAAUCACAGUGCUGAUGGAGGAGAAAGGCAAUCCAACGUCGACACAGAUGCUGCUCAACCAAUCAGCAAACAGGAGAACGCCAGCUCUUGUUUAUGGGUGAGUGGUGAAACGGACAACAACCUCCUGCCAGGAUCAAAUAACCUGAGUGUGAACAAAAGAUCUCUAAACCCAGGACUGGAAAAUGGUGAUGGAAUACUUAAAAGUGUGGGCUUUGAUUGUAUGAUGUUUGAGCCCCACAGACAACUUGGGACCCUUCGCACACAGGGUUCUGGGGCUGAUCUUCCCGAGUGCUCUUACUCUCAUGUGGAUGUUGUACCCACUCAAUCGGAGUCAGAGAAUGGAUUCCCUUAUGAAAUGAGCAAAGUGAUUCCCUCCAUAACUGAGCACAAAAAACCUAUCGCUUACCAGGACGGUAGACAGAGGGCGCCGUUGCCCUCAGAGCCAGGAAAAGGCAUGGAAACAGGAUCCAAUGGUUUGGUCUCCCAUGACAGUCAUAACAAUGAUGGGAGUAACAAUGGCGACGUCUCAGCAGGUAAGCUGUUAAUUUGUAGUUUCUGCGGUAAGACUUUGGCUUGUCUGAAGAAUCUCAAGACACACCUGAGGGUUCAUACCGGGGAGAAGCCGUUCAGCUGCGCGCAGUGCGGGAAGCGCUUCUCUGACUCCAGCAAUCUCAAGCGACACCAGAGCGUUCACACGGGGGAGAGACGCUACGGCUGCAGCCACUGCGGCAAGCGCUUCGCACAGUCGGGCUCACUCAAAGUGCACAUGAGCGUACACACGGGAUGUAAGCAGUUCAGAUGUAUGCACUGUGGGAAGACUUUCAUAUCGGCCAAUCACCUCAAUAGACACAUCAGUGUUCACGAUGGAUAAAUACUUUUACCAACAACUUUUCAAUGGGUGAAAGCAUACCUAAACGUGCUUCAGCCAAGUUUGAACAGAAAAGGGACUCGGAGGUUGGCAUUUAUUGGGAUGACUCUCUGCAGGGUAGUCAGCCACAGUCAUAAAAUCAGCUUUUUAAACCAAACACUAAACUUAAAUUAAGACCAAAAAGCUAAAAUAAAAACAAUUUGUACAAUAUACGGUGCAUUUGGAAAGUCUUCAGACCCCUAGACUUUUUCCACAUUGUUACAUUAGCCUUAUUCUAAAUUCGAUUAAAUUGCCCGACCCUCCCCCUCAAUCUACACACACUACCCAAUAAUGGCAAAGCAUUAGAAACAUCAAGGGUGAUCAGUAGAGACAUGAUGAACCUGAGCUCAAUUUUGAAUCUCAUAGCAAAGGGUCUGAAUAAUUAUGUAAAUAAGCAAAUUGUCAGUAUGGGGUAGUGUAGAUUGAGGGACAAUUUUAAUUUAAUCCAUUUUAGAAUAAGGCUGUCACUUAACAAAAUGUGAAAAAAGGAAGGGGUCUGAAUACUUUCCGAAUGCACUGUGUAUAGCCAAUUUUGAUUUUGCGGCUGGCCCGUCUAGUGGAAAUCGCUCAACAGUCAUCCCAAUAAACGUCAACCUGCAAAGGAAUCGGGUGUUUGACUGAUGGACUUUAGUCCAAAAAUGAUUCCUUACACUUUUCAAUGUGUUGUUGUUAGUCACUCAUCCUCUGACAUGACAGUGCCUCAUUUGAGGAAAAUAGUGAUAGUAUAUAGACGUGGAAGUGGUAUUGUCAAACAAAUAACUUUCAUGGUGCAAAUUUUGUAAUAGUGUAUUAACCAGACAGUUUUUAUUUAUUUUUUUACAAUAAUAUGAGCAUGGCGUAGUCAUGAUUAAUAGGGUUCCUAAAAGAGCCAGUCAAAUUGAAUGGAUGGAUGUUGCACAGGCUCACUGCUACAUGAAGGCCUCUUACAGUCAAUGAAAUAUUUACUGCCCUAUCAAUCUAAGUCUCUACUCCUCAGCUGGUGCAGAAAGUGUUCAGUGGUUUGAACACUGACGAGUCAUUCAUGAUACAUUUCACGGUCACGUUAUAGACUCACAUUAGAAACAGAAUAUUUCCAGAGAUCCUGAAAAUGCACUUAAAAUAUUGAAUCUUAAAAAAAUAAGGUCACAUACUUGGACAACUAUAAAAAAUGACAUUUAAUAAAGUUGUAUAAACCAAUUGAGUUGAACUAUUUUACAAAUCUGUUAUGUUAAUCUUUUCUCAGUGCAAUAUAGCUCAUUCACUAUUAAAGAAUAUAAAAACAGUACAACAGACAAUGAUUACAUUUUCAGAUACAUCCAAUGUGAGUGCAAAAGAUAAACAUGCAUACAAGAACCACACAUUUUGCAAAUGUGGAAACUAGUUGAGUAACGAAGCAAUAAAAAUUGAUUGUAAAAAAAAG